AUGGCUCUCAAGGGUCGCAUCUCGUCACCUCUGGAGGCCGGCACCUCCAUCCUCGACGUCCAGAACCUGCCGCCGCACCUUAAUGAAGCUCUCGAGUAUGCCUCCAAGAGGCUCGCCCGGAAGGCUCUUCACGUAACCCUCGUCGUCGCCAGGAGGGAGUACCAGCUCCCUACGCUGCUGCCUUCGUCAUCCGCCCUCUCCUCGCCCACAUUGUCGCCUCCCGGCUCACCUCCGCGUUCACCUCCGUUGUCCUCUGCGCGCUUCGGCUUCAGCUCUCCCGUCUCUUCCUUCAAGAAGCUCGUGAGGACCAAUACCGGCUCCAGCAUCUCAUCUGUGUCGACUGUCUCAUCGGCCGGUAGCGAGGCCCAGCGCAGCCCCGAGACGUUCACCUUCACUCCUUCGUUCUUGAUGGACACCAACGGCCCGAGGUUGAGGUGGCCCCUGUCACCUGGUAUCCCGCUCUCGCCUCCUCCUAUGACGCCAUCAGUCGCAUCUUCCACCAUCACGGACGCCUCCGGUCCCAUGUCGCCGAACCCAUUCGGCAUUCGCCUCAUCCAUGCCGACUUGCUCACGGACAAGCAAGAGCGAACUCUUCGCCAGACCAUCGAGCGUGCGGAGAAGAAGUUCCGCAUCGGCACCGAAUGGCUUCCCCCAGUAGUCGAUGGUUCCGCAUGCGGCUUGACAAGCAGCCUCAUCCGCCGCUCCAUCGUCCAAAAUGAAGUCCUCUUCGCCUCUGAAGGCCUGACACUCGUGUCUCUGGAUCGCCUGUACACCUUCAAGGCGGCUCUCUCAUGCUACUCUCGCAGCAACGCCCCUCUCAGACUCGAAGACGCCGUCGACGAGCUGCGCCGUCUCGUCCUGUCCCGCGCAGGCAAGAAGGUCUCCAAGUCUGACUUGCUCCGCUCCUAUGACUGGCUCAGCGUGUCCGACGCUGCCCUUUCAGAAGUCGACAAGAUGUACCGCAGGGCCUACGGCGGACCGGACCGCGUCGGCGCCAUCGAAGGUGUCGGCUCGGCUGCAUGCGUGGAGCAGACGAUGAAGGAGCUUGAGAGGGAUGUCGAAGACACCAGGGCCGCCGCCAUGGGCACCAUCAAGAUCGGCAAGCCGCCCUCGCCCAAGGGCCCCGUGCUGAAGCUGCAGACCAACUUCGACACCAAGCCAUCACCACCUGUCAUGGAAGCAGACGAGGUUUCCGAGGACGAGGACCUGACGGCGCGGCCGGAGCGCCAGCCCAACGUCUCCGUGUGGAGUCCGGUUUCGAUCGCGGAAGUACUGCAUGAAGAUCGCUUCGUCGAGGACCGGCAAAGACUGGGCCCGAUGACGCCGAACGGGUAUGACGAUAUCUCACCCAUCACCAGGGGUGAAUGGGGAUUCCUCAUGGGCCCCAGCGGGGUGGGCAGCGGUCGAACCGCGCCUGUCGUGACUUUCUGA